AUGGAUUUCUUAUUGAACAAACAUAGCAUACAUGAUGACUUGAUAUGUGCACAAGAAAGAGUACCCAUUCAAAUUGAUAAGCCAUUGGAAUCUAAUGAAAAACCACCAAUAGGAUAUAAGGAGGUUGAAGGUGAAUGGAAUCAACAACAUCAUCAAGCAGAAUCCACUAUAAUGCAGCCAGAUCUUUUAGGCAUUACUAAACUGUUAAGAAUGGUUGAACCUGAGCAAAACCCAGGAAACAAACUAGAUUAUACAAAUAAUGGAAAAGUCAUUAUUAGUAAACUCAACCCUAACAUGCCUGAGUUUACAUCCAAGAAAACAUCAUUAGUUAAUUCUGACCAACUUCUGAUUAAGACUGAUCAAAACUGUGAUAUUAGUAAUAAUGUAGACUUAAGUAAACUCAAUGAUGAAGAAAAGAAAAAAUUGCAAAAGAAACUAAUAUCUAAAAUAGGAACCACACAAACCACUUGUGAGAAAACUAGACGGGUACGCAAUGCUGCUAUUGCGGGGAUAUUAAAACUAAGCACACAACCAACUGCAAAUGUGAAACUUAUGACACCAGAUGAGUUUAUGAAAAAUGAAAAUACUGAUAGCACUGACACACCUACUAAAGAGGUUAUCAAAAAAUCUGUUGAUAUAGUCGAUAAGUGGCUCAAUGGAGCACCGGAAACGACAAAGAAAACUUUGUAUUUAGGACCCAUAAUAUUUAGCAAAAAAUCAAAGUCGACUGAAAGCAAUAUGUCAAUCAAUACGGUCUCUAGUGAGGAAUUGAAAGUCAACAAUUUCUCUCCUACUAACAUAGCAAAUGAACUAACUGAAAAAUAUACAAAAAGAAUAAAGCAGAAGGAGGAUGCAUCUAUGGACAUAUGGUCCAAACUAGAAAGGGACCUAAAGGCGAAAGACGAAGAAAUUAAAAAAAAGUCAUCCAAUAGCUUGUUAUGA